AUGAAUAUGCAGCCAACUUCAUCUGGAUCCAACGAUUCGAUAACAAUAUUUGUAAAACCAUUUGUAAAACAAAAAUCACUGGAUACAGGAGUUCGUAUUCUAACAGAAUCUGUCAAAGAACUAUCGCUGAGAUCAGCCAGUGAAUUGUUGACAUCAAAAAGCGGUGUAGAAACUGGUAACAAAUCCACGUACUACAGGGAAAUUUUGAACAAGUUUCGGAUUGUCAAUCAGUUCAUCACAAAUGCUCGUGCAAAUGCCACAAAUGUUAUGCUGUGUAAUAAGGAUGGUGAAGAUGUAUGCCAAGCAGUAGCCCUUCAAUACAUUAUGUCCUACCACAAUAUACCAUUGAAAAAUGCUCUAAAUUAUGUGGAAAAUAUUGAAGGACGAGAAACAAUUCAUCUAAGCAAACGGAUUUUUCAAAGCCUUGAGGUCUGGGAGGCAGAAUUGACAAAGAGGUGGUCACGCGAUAAACUAAGGUUCACCAAAAGAAUUACACCAACUGUUCAUGAUGACGAGAAGUCUCGAGUUUCUCGAAGUUCCAGAGGCAGUUAUAGCAGCCUGUCAUUAUGUUUUAGUCAAACCCGAGAAAUAGAUAUUUAA